CUCUUGCCGCCGCUUCUUCCAUCGUUUCACAAGGGCCAAUUGGGCAAGCUUGCGGUGAUAGGCGGGUGUGAGGACUACACGGGAGCCCCGUACUUCAGUGCGCACUCAGCAAUGCUCUCCGGGGUGGACCUCGUGCACGUGGUUUGCGAGCAGGCGGCGGCGCCGGUGAUCAAGAGUUACUCGCCGGACUUGAUGGUGCAUCCGUACCUGUUGGACUCGGAGAGCGUGCGGAUGAGGGUGAAGCAGGGCAGCGGGUCGGCGGAGGAGGUGAUGGCGGCGCAGAUGGAGAAGAUAGUCGGGCUCGUGAGCCGGGUGGACGUGCUGAUUGUCGGGCCCGGAAUAGGGCGCAACGACGGGCAGAUGAAGGAGUUCCUGCUGGCGAUCCUGGAGCACGUGUUGGCGAAGGCGGAGCGCAAGGACGUGGCGGUGAUUCUCGACGCGGACGCGUUGUACCACUUGAGCGUGAACAAGCGGCUGCAGGGCCUUGUGCAGGGCUCCGGGAACCCGAACAUCGUGCUCACGCCGAACGUGGUGGAGUUCCAGCGGCUAGCGGACGCGUUCGGGGUGUCUGUGGACGGGCCGGACAGCGACCGGGCGCUUGGCGAACUCUGCCGGACGCUGCGCUGCACGAUCAUCCAGAAGGGCACGGUGGACAAGGUGUGCUACCACGGCGGCGAGGUGUUGCGGUGCGGCGACCCGGGCAGCUUGAAGCGGGUGGGCGGGCAGGGCGACUCGUUGACGGGGAUGGUCGGGGCGUUCCUCUGCUGGGGCACCGGGGCGUACCGGCGGGGGUUGUACGAGACGCCGGACACGCUCACGGACGAGCAGGUGGUGUCGCUGGCGUGUCUUGGCGGGUGCACGACGACGCGGCGGGCCGGGCGGCUGGCGUACGAGAAGUACGGCCGGGCGAUGCUCACGAGCAACUUGCACGAGUUCAUCGGCGACGCGUUU